UGAAUGUUGGAAGCUCGAUGAGAGUUAAGGCUCCUCGCGCCUAUCUUUUCUUUUCCUGUACUUGCUGUUAGUUUCGAUUUACUGCACUGCCAUGUUGUCCGCAAUUUUGCCCUUUGAGUUUCCUGAGUUGAAGAUCCAGGCGUCGCUACUGAUAGGCAUGGUAGUCUUGAGCAUCGCCCUUGUGUACCUCGUCGUCAAUGAGUUCAUUCGCCGGGCUGCUCGAGUAAAGGGAUUCGCGGGCCCACCUAACUGGCCCAUUGUUGGCAAUAUCCCGUAUAUCAGAUAUAACGCAGCGGAAAAGUAUCGGCAAUGGGCGAAGAUAUACGGAGACGUCUACCAGAUCCAGCUCGGAAAUGUCCCCGUUAUUGUCGUGAACACUGCGGAAGCGGCGAAGAAACUUUUCGUACAGAACAGUAAUGCAUUGAGUUCCAGGCCAGUAUUUUGGACGUUCCACAAGGUCUUGUCGAAUACCGCAGGCACGACCAUCGGUACCUCUCCGUUCAACGAAUCUCUGAAGCGCCGAAGAAAGGGAGCGGCAUCAGCGUUGAACAAGCCAUCUAUCUCAACCUAUAUCGGGCAUCUCGAUGUCGAAACCAGAGACUUUGUCAGAGAGCUCCUAGAAGACGGGCAAAAAGGUCAAGUGGGAAUAGACCCUACGCCGAUGAUUCAACGCCUCUCAUUGUCGCUUGCUCUCACCCUCAACUGGGGAACUCGCAUGGGGAGCAGGACGGAUCCACUUUUUAGUGAGAUUACCGAAGUGGAAGAAGCCAUCAGCAAGUUUCGGAGCACCACAGGAAACCUGCAGGAUUAUAUCCCAAUUCUGAGGUUGAACCCUUUCAGUUCCGGAAGCCGAACGGCGAGGGAGAUGCGUCGUCGGAGGGAUGUGUACCUCCAUCGUCUCAAUCGCGACUUGGAUGAGAGGAUGAAGAGGAAGAUCCAUAAACCAUGUAUCCAGGCUAAUAUCAUUCUGGACAAAGAAGCUGCCUUGAAUAAGGAAGAGUUGACGUCCAUCAGCCUGACCAUGCUCUCUGGAGGCCUGGACACGGUGACCACCCUCAUCCAAUGGAGCAUAGCCCUGCUGGGACAGCGGCCAGACAUUCAAGAGAAAGCUAUCCAGGGAGUUCGGAAAUAUCACACGAGCGAACAGCCGCUGUGCAGUGCCCAUGAUGACCAGAAAUGCGAAUACAUCGUAGCUCUGGUGAGAGAGUGCCUUAGGUACUUUUGCGUUCUCAGACUCGCGCUUCCCCGGACCUCUGUGAAGGAUAUCAGCUACGACGGGAAGAUUAUCCCGGCGGGAAGCACACUAUACUUGAAUGCCUGGGCAUGCAACAUGGACCCCACGAUUUGGCCUGAUCCGGAGACAUUUCGUCCUGAAAGAUGGCUUGAACAGCCUGAGGCCCCACUCUUCACCUAUGGAGUGGGGUAUAGAAUGUGUGCAGGAUCACUGCUUGCGAACAGGGAAUUGUACUUGACGUUCAUAAGAAUGCUGAACAGCUUUGAGAUAUUGCCGGAUAGUCCAGUGGAGACUGAUCCUGUCAUUGGGAGCGCAGAUCCAACCAGUCUAGUGGCCAUGUGUAAGCCAUACAAGGUCAUAUUCAAGCCAAGGAACGAGCAGGCCCUAGAGACGGCAAUAAAGGAAGCGCUUGAACAAGACAGAGUGAAUAGUUCAUGAUAGGACCGUAUGGUUGGGAUCAAGGAUAAUAGAGGCCUGAUUUUGACUGGGGUCUGGCUAUCCCCUUUCCAGUGCAGUACAAAUUAGGAUUAGACGUUCAGC